AACGAACAUGAUUGAUGAAUAAAAUAUUGAAUAUGGAGAUUAAUCUUAAUAUUUAAGAAAUUGUGAUAGUUCAAAUGCAUAUGAAAUUAAUGGUUUGAUACAUUAAGAUCAUUUUUCUUCAUUAUACAAUAAAGCAAUAGAGAAAUAACAAAGAAUUAAUUAAAAAUAAGAGGAGAAGAAUGAAGAAAUAAAAUAAAAAGCCAAUAAAAUAAAGAUUGAUUAUAACUCAUAAAAGAUCUUGUUAAAGAAAUUAGAAACUUAAAUUAAUAAUACUCUUAAUCGUUAUUAAAUUGAAGAGCAGUUGGAUUAUGAAAGGUUUUGCAACGUAUUGGUUGAUUUAGGGAUUUCUGCAAAAAAUGAUCAUGUGUCAAUUGAUUUAUGGAAAUUAUUAACUUUAGGAUUAGAUUUAGAAAGUGCAUUUAUUGGAUUUGUAUUUAAUAUUUUGGUGAUAUUAUUGGAAAAAUAAUUAACUUAAAGUUAAUCAAUACUUUUAUUGACAGAUGUUAUAAAUGUAGAAUUAGAGGAUUAGAAUAUUCCAAUUUAAGUUGUAAAUUUUGAAGAAUUAGAAGAAUUGAUGUUUAGAUUGACAAAUAAAUUUAAAUUAUUAAAUGUUAGAUUUUCGAAUGGUUCUCGGGGACAAUCUUCAUCAAAAAAAGAGUCUUGGUAAAACACUAAUAUUUAAACAAACGGAAAAUAAAAAUAAGUAUAGGAUGCUCAACUUUCAGAUACAAUAAAUAGAUUUGAAGUGCUAUAUGAGCAUUCUAAGGUAUUACAAGAAAAAAAAAGAUAAUUGGAAUCAUAUAUACAAGAUGAUCCAGAAUGUCUAUUUAAACCUUAAUUAACAUCAAAUUAAACAAAAAGAUAAGAUACUGUAAAUACAUUUAAUAGAUUAUAUUAAAAUGCAGAAGCUAUAAAGAAUCAUAAACAAAAAUUGAAGGAUAAUUUAAAUAGAUAAAGAGAAGAAGAGGAAUUAAUAGAAUGUACUUUUAAACCAAAGUUAAUAAAUAAAUAGAAAUAUUCAUUUAAGCCUGUAAAAGGAGAAUCUGCUAUUAUAGAAAGAAUGAAUAAGGCAAGAUAAAUGAAACAAGAGAAGGAGAAUUACUAUUGUACAGAAUAACCAAAUAUUCAAAAUAGACCUCAUUAAACUGUUCCUGAACCUUUUGAUUUAAGUACAAAAGUACCUAACCCUAAGAGUCUGUUAUUAAAUGUGGAUAUAAGAAUUUCAAAAAAUAGAAAGGCAAGAAUUUGUAUAAGAGAGGGAGAUGAUAUAGAAUAAGUAAUUAAAGGAUUUGCAAAGGCUCAUUAGUUAAAUUAAGAGUAACAAAAUGUAUUAAAAGAAACCUUAGAAUAAUAUAUAAAUUGA